GUCAGAGACGCAACCAUCGAGAUGCCCUCACCGGUUGCAAAAGGCCUCGUCAUUACUGUUUCAGCCCUCGUCGCCGCGGGUAUUGCGGUUUACGAAUCCCCUCAGUUCCGACAAUGGGUCGACAACUCACGCCGUAAAAUUGCGGUUGCCUUGCAUAAUCUCGGCGACGAAAUCCAGCCGCGAAAUGCCACCUCUCCCGCUCGACAGGACAUAUCGAUGACCGAGGAAGUUGGCACGGCUGCUGAAGAGAGGAGACGGAUGGCCCGGGAGGACCUGGAGCGCCGACGAUCCUUGCUUGAGCAUCGGACCCGGAAAGAACGCGCAGGUCCCGGGUCGUUUGAUGCCCUGGUCGAUGACGAUGGCCGUUUACUUCAUGAAGGAGGCCCAGCGAUGGAUAGCUCUUCUCUAGCGAACUCGACCGCCGUGGAACCAGCAGGGUCGCAGUCUAUCACGCAGCGCGGAGUAGGCAGGCCGAAAGACACGCUGAUCCCGGUGGAAGGAGCAGAGUCAAGCAAGCCUGUCGAAACUGUCCCUGGUCAAGAUGGAUUACACUUGGAUAUUCCUUCGCCCCAGAACUUCCGUAGUUCGCCGGUCGAGUACACCCCUACCUCCGACGGGCCCGAGCCGGAUCUAUACGCAAAAGGCCUGCAGACUCACAGCCAACCCGGUUCUCCAUCUAGUCACACGGUCGAUUUUUCUCCGAUGAUUUACCCGCACCAUGAGACUUCCGCCAACGACACUGAGCGGGGGUUGCGGUCCCCCUUCUCAGACCUGUCGGAAAUGGACCCCGCCGCCUUCAGACGCGACGAUCGCCCGGCUACGCCAUCCACUACGGGAAGCUUCAGCCAGAUCUACGAAUCUGCGAUUGACGAUAUGACAUCCGACGGCACAAUCAGCGAUCUGGGACGCUCGACGGGCGGCAUUGCUACCCCGGCCAGCUGGUCGGAGAUUGGAAGUGUGAUUAGCCAAGACGAUAUCCCCCAUCAACAAUAGCUGUAAGUCACCAGCAGAGAACGCUACGCAUAGACAUUGGGAAUUUCCGCGGGCUAGGAAAGACGAUCGGCGCUAUUUGGAACCGCCACGGAAGGAUCAGGAUUCCGAUUAAGGUGUGUGAGGAGUUGACGGUGUUUGAUCUUUUU